UGGGUUGACACGAGUGGAACGCAAGGUGUGGCGUGUUCACGUCACUGUAUCCAUCAGCACUUCCGGUCACGCACAAGAUGGCUGACGAGGCAACUCGGCGAGCUGUGUCUGAGAUUCCGCUGCUGAAAACCAACUCGGGUCCGAGAGACAAGGAGCUGUGGGUUCAGAGACUGCGAGAGGAGUACCUGGCCCUUAUCAAGUAUGUAGAAAACAACAAGCAAGCAGACAAUGACUGGUUCCGACUGGAGUCCAAUAAGGAGGGCACCAGGUGGUUUGGGAAAUGCUGGUAUAUUCAUGAUUUGCUGAAAUAUGAAUUUGAUGUUGAGUUUGAUAUCCCGGUUACCUAUCCUGCCACAGCUCCUGAAGUCGCAAUUCCUGAACUUGACGGCAAGACGGCCAAAAUGUACAGGGGCGGAAAGAUUUGCCUGACCGAUCACUUCAAGCCGCUCUGGGCGCGGAACGUCCCCAAAUUCGGACUGGCUCACUUGAUGGCUCUGGGGCUUGGACCGUGGCUGGCAGUGGAAAUCCCGGAUCUCAUAGCCAAGGGGCUGAUUGAACACAAAGAGCAGCAGACCAGCUGAGGAGAGAAAAUCCACCUCCCUCCCUCCCUCCCUCCGUCUGUCUGUCUGAGGAGAGACUGGCACAUCCACCUCCCUCCCUCCCUCCCUCCCUCCCUCCCUCUGUCUGUCUGUCUGAGGAGAGACUGGCACAUCCACCUCCCUCCCUCCCUCCCUCCCUCCGUCUGUCUGUCUGAGGAGAGACUGGCACAUCCACCUCCCUCCAUCUGUCUGUCUGAGGAGAGACUGGCACAUCCACCUCCCUCCCUCCCUCCCUCCGUCUGUCCGUCUGUCUGUGUGUCUGCAGUCUUCUUAGUCAAUCCAGACAGUAGCUCUGUUUCCAUUGCUAUGGUUUUAGUCCAGACCCCACCAGUAGCACUAAGCUGCAGUUCUCUUCCAGGGGGAGCAGGCAUCAGUAAGGACAGGCUGCAGUGCAGUUCACGUGCAAUUCUCUUCAGGUCUGAUUCUGAAGAGAUAGAUGGAAAAAUGUAACACAUUUCAAAAGAAAUCAAAGGAAAUGGUCCCCUUUCAUCUUGAGUGUCCUUUUCAUAUCGCUUCAGAGAGACUGCGCCCACAUUGAGACAGUAAAACCAGAGCGACCCCCAGCAACCUGGAAACAUGGGCUUAAACACAGAAGAAAGAGUUGACAAGACUAGUGCUAAAUGACGUGAAAGAGUAAUUCUCCUCCGAGGAGCCCCUUAAUCUUAUUUGAGAAAUGGUGACAGUAAUAAUAAACUAUUUCAAUGAUA